AUACGCAUGCGCACAAAGAGCCAGGAAGUGGAAUAAACAACACAGGCUACUUUUAGCCAGUUAGCUUGACUUGUGGCGAGUAAACAACACUAUGGGCCUGUUCGGAAGAACACCUGACAAAGCUCCGAAGGAGAUGGUAAAUGAGUGGUCCGGGAAAAUUCGGAAGGAAAUGCGAGUCAUUGACAGACAAAUUCGGGAUAUUCAAAGAGAGGAAGAAAAGGUUAAAAGAUCUAUCAAAGAAGCUGCCAAAAAGGGACAGAAGGAUGUGUGUAUAAUUCUUGCAAAAGAAAUGAUUCAGUCUAAGCGAGCAGUUACAAAGCUUUAUGCAUCUAAAGCUCAGAUGAACUCAGUGCAACUCAGCAUGAAGAAUCAACUGGCUUUGGUGCGUGUCUCUGGGUCCCUUCAGAAGAGUACUGAGGUCAUGAAAGCCAUGCAGAGUCUGAUCAAAGUCCCGGAGAUUCAAGCCACAAUGAGAGAGCUGUCAAAGGAGAUGAUGAAGGCGGGCAUUAUUGAAGAAAUGCUUGAAGACACAUUUGAAAGCAUGGAAGAUGGGGAAGACAUGGAAGAAGCAGCAGAGGAGGAAGUUGACAAGAUUCUUUUUGAAAUUACAGCCGGUGCCCUUGGUAAAGCACCCAGCAAAGUCACAGAUGAACUUCCUGAAACGGAGCCUCCUGGAGCCGCUGCAGCCUCAGAAGAUGAGUCUGAAGAAGAAAUUGAAGAAAUGCAGUCCAGACUGGCAGCUCUGAGGAGCUAAGGUGACCUCAGUUCUCAUCCCUUGUGCUCACAACAUUAAAGACAAUUCUGAUGCAGGAUUAAACUACUUUUAUCUUAUAUUCUUUUCUUACAAUCAUAUGGGGUACAGAACUAUCUACUUUAAAACCUGCACUCAUGCAUUUUGCUUUGUGAGUUCUAGUCCUGGUAAAACAGAAGGUAGAAGGUGCAUAUAUUGUGUUAUGUAUGAAAAACCUGCCGUGCCUAAUGUGCUGUAUUGUUUUAGAGGCUUGUCAAGCCUACACUUUACAGUGCUGUGCAGAAGUGCUAACACUCUUAUGCAUUUCUUGCAUCUAUACUCCUUGUACAUUUCUGUUUGUCAAUACAGUUUUAAUAUUUGACAAAUGCAUAUAAUAUAAUUAUGCUUACAUAAAUAAUUUGAAUAUCCACAAGAUUUUAUUCUGACAAAUAUUCCAGAAGUAUCAGAAAUCCAGGUGAGUGUUAGCGGUUUGCACUACACUGUACACUGUAUGCAUACAUAAAAACAAAUCGAUAUGUGCCAAGCCAAACCCUGUUGUUGAACUUACAGAUGCAGGCUUUCACUUAUAAUGUAAGAGCGCAGAAUUGCACAAAGAUAAUUCUUUCUCUCUUAGUAUAUCCCCAAUUGACAGAAAUAAGUAAUUGGAAUAUACAGUGAGUUUUUUGUUUGCCACUCAUUAACAAUUCUAGCAUGUUUCUUAUCACUGUCAGUGUGUCCAUGUCUUUUUAAUGAUGACAGUUGAGUUACUUUUACCUUAUAUAAAUAUAUAUUUUAAAAAAACUGCUCUAUUGCGAUCUUCUGAGAAACACUGCACAUCUAAAACAUAACGCAUUUAACAUUUUUAAUCAAUAAUUUUUUGUUUCAGUUUGUGCAAAAAGCUCUGAUUAGUGUAGAACCUCUGUAUUGUGAUUUAUAAGUUGUAUAUUGCUGGAAAUAAACAUUGAAUAUAUAUAAAACAUAUUUUUCUGAAGCUUUAGUAAAGUGCAUCUUUUAUAGUGU